AUGGCGAAGUUAACGAUGUUCUGUUUGUUGGUCAUUCUGGUCGCUCUACCCGGCUACAUAUCGUCCGCGCCGGUGGCGAAUCCGAACAUUCUGCCCAUCGGGUUCCACAGUUUCGACUGGUUCCCUCAUCACCACCUCCAUUUGUGGCGCCUUCUACCCCAUCACAUAUUCGGCCACCACCACGGCCACGCCUACCACCAUUGGAACUACUAACGAGUACAUUUCCUAAAUGAUUUCGAUUGUU